UUGGACUUACUAUUCUGUGGGAUGCUGAAUCUGUAGUAAAAUUUGUUACUGAAAUUAAGAAAUUGCGAAAAUGUUUAGAGAAGAUUGAUGCUAAUUUUGAGUUGCUGGCCAGUCGGUUUGAUGAUGGAGCUCCACCCGAACCAUUAAUCA